UUCACUGCAGGAUACAUAAAGAAGAAAACCGAGAAGGAGCAAAGCAUUUAUUACAAAUGUCUUAAUAAUGAACAAAUGUGGCAGGAAAAAAUAUAUUAAGACAAAUCUAAGACAAAUGACCAUGGAAACAAUUGAAUCUCAACAGGAUGGAAGUGUAACAGAUUCUGUGACAGAGAGAGAAUCUGCAAAUAUGCAGGCCCAGACUGGUCAAAAUUCAAUCCCUAAUUUAGCUCAGGUUUCUGUAGCUGGAUCAGGCACCGGAAGAGGCUCCCCAGCUAUAACUCUAGUACAGUUACCUUCGGGCCAAACUGUACAUGUCCAGGGCGUAAUUCAGACACCACAGCCAUCGGUUAUUCAGUCACCACAGAUACAAACUGUUCAGGUAGCAACAAUCACAGAGACAGAUGAGUCUACAGAAUCAGAAGGUGUAAUUGAUUCUCAUAAACGCAGAGAAAUCCUUUCACGAAGACCCUCUUAUCGAAAAAUACUGAAUGAACUUUCCUCUGAUGUGCCUGGUGUUCCCAAGAUUGAAGAAGAAAAAUCAGAGGGAGAAGGAACACCACCUAACAUCGCUACCAUGGCAGUACCGACUAGCAUAUAUCAAACUAGCACGGGGCAAUACAUUGCUAUAGCCCAAGGUGGAACAAUCCAGAUUUCUAACCCAGGAUCUGAUGGUGUUCAGGGACUACAGGCAUUAACAAUGACAAAUUCAGGAGCUCCUCCACCAGGUGCUGCAAUUGUACAAUAUGCAGCACAGUCAGCUGAUGGCACACAGCAGUUCUUUGUCCCAGGCAGCCAGGUUGUUGUUCAAGAUGAGGAAACUGAACUUGCCCCAAGUCACAUGGCUGCUGCCACUGGUGACAUGCCAACUUACCAGAUCCGAGCGCCUACUACUGCUUUGCCACAGGGAGUAGUGAUGGCUGCCUCACCAGGAAGUUUGCACAGCCCCCAGCAACUUGCAGAAGAAGCCACACGCAAACGAGAGCUGAGGCUAAUGAAAAACAGGGAAGCUGCUAAAGAAUGUCGACGUCGAAAGAAAGAAUAUGUAAAAUGUCUGGAGAGUCGAGUUGCAGUGCUGGAAGUUCAGAACAAGAAGCUUAUAGAGGAACUUGAAACCUUGAAAGACAUUUGCUCUCCUAAAACAGAUUAGUAGAAAUAUUUAACUAUGAACUGAAUACAACAUGUACAAUUGCUUUUGAAGGCAAUACAAUAUGUAGCCGACAAGAAUUAUGGCUUUUUUCCUUUGUAUCAUUCAUCAUAUUCUCGAAAUUCUAACAUUCCUAAAAUGCUUCAUUGUACGUAGUUAACUUAGCUGUAACUUCAAUUUUUUAAAAGAGACAAACUAUAAAAAAUUGUAUUUAGCAAAUUCUUAAAAUGAAAUAUUUGUAAGACUUGUUCCAGUGCCACAUAUUUGCAGUUCCCAAUUUCUGUGUCCUCAGUAGUGUCCUAUGCAAUAAAAUUUUCUGCAGGUCUUUUAAAAAUCAUUUUAGGAAAGGAUGAUCAAAGGUAAUGCAUCCGGCAAUACAAUAAAAGUAAACCACAAAAAAAUACUUCAGGAAAGAAUUGAAAGAAACUAGUGACAUGCCUUUAUAAAAAUAAGAGCCUAUAAAUGAAUUUAUGGCAUUUGCAGAUUUUUAUAAUCAGUUGCUUUGUAAGGGAAAUAUUGCGUUACUGUCCUUGAAUGCCAUAGUUGAAGGACAUUUUUAAUAGAACCAUGUUGAGUACACAUGUAGUGUUUAGUGGUCAUUUAACUAUCUGAACGUUUCCUACAGUUUUUACUCUAUUGUGUAAUAGAAAAGAUCUUGCAGAAACUCCAGUGUCGAUUUAAUGUUACCUAAUGAAAGUUACAAAAAAUUGUUAAUAACUUGGAAUGGGGUAGAAGUUAGAGUUAAAAUUGUAUUUGCAGACCUUCAAGGGUGCUCGAGCUGAUUUCCACACUGGGUCUGAUUUCUGCAAAUGCUUUUUCUGCCAUCUCAUCAGAAGGAUGGCCCCAGAGCUGCUACACAGAAGAGCCACUGUUCAAGUUCAGCUUGUGUGGUAGAGUAGGCCUCUCUGCACAUGGUCUGGAAAUCUGCUGAUAGACUUCUAUUUUGAGUUUUAGGUAACAACUAUAGGAGUUUUAAAGUAAAAACAACCCAAGAUUUUAUUUUCCAUUUCAAAAUAGCUUGAAGUCUACAUUAGAUCAAAUACUUUUAUGUUAGCACAUUUAGAUGAAGUUCAUUACAUUGAGACAGCAGUAUUAUUGCUGGUAUCCACAUUUCAUUCUAUGUUUAUAAUAAAGAGCUUCAAGGUAUAAGCCCAAAGCCCUAACCAUGCCCUGUUCUUUGCCUAUGUCUUCUCUCAUUCACUCUUAAGACCUUUGUUGAAGGCUUACUCUGUGCUAGACUCUGCUAUAUUUUCUACUAUAACUUCUGCCUUGUUGAGGAUGCCGCCAUCCCACCCCUAGUUUCAAUAAUAGAACUGGCCAAUCCAUGUGGGGAGGUACAGCAGUAGGAGGUCAUUUAUAUAGCAUCUAACUACUACUCCCCCAUCAUAAUUCUGUCACUUAUUUGUAACUCCCAGAAGGGAGGGCAUACCAUUUGGAGCUUUCUUUAGAAAUACGGAUCCUUCUUUCGGAGUCUGAGCUCUAAAUUUAUCUCAAUUUUUGUCUUAUAGAGAAGUUAGAUGAGGAAAGAAGACAAGGAAGAAGAGUAAGGAAAACCCCAAGUUUCAGGUGAAGAAAAAUGGCCCUUUGUAUUCAGUCAAUCAGUCAGUCAUUCGUUCAGUUAGUCACUAAAUCAAAUGUGUGCCUAAUGGCAGACACAGAGAAGACUCAGGAGUCAGCAGACAAGCAGUAAAUGCUAUGUGCUAGAAUUAGAGAAAGAUGUAGGCAAGGAUUUUAUAAGAAUAUUUCUAUAGGAGGUAGAUUUUGAACCAGACCUUGAUGUAGUAGUGCUGGGGAGGAAGGUCCUCUAGACGAAAUCCAGAGCACACACUCCAAGGUGCUUGAAUUUAGGAGAGGGGGAAGGUCAAGUCAGUACACAAGAAUUAGUUUGGUCUAAAAAAGAAUGUGUGCUUCACUCUAAAAUAGUUAUUUCAGAGGAAGAGGAUUGCAUCUGAUUACUUGGGACCGAAAAUAAAUGUCCCCUCAUCUCCAUAAUGCUUUAAAAAUAAAAUUUUAGCCCUGG